UUUCCCUUUCUCAGCUGUCGCUGUCGCUGUGGCUGAGCUUUAGUGCAUCUCGAGGCGUGUACAAAACUGGAAGCUGUCGUGGAGGAUGCUGUCAUUGGUUUUGCUGCUUCUCCUUGGCCAGAGCCAGUCGCUGGCCAUUACGAGCGGCCACUGUCAGAAGAAUAUUAGCGUUAAAUACCAGGUGCCAUUGACCAGAACACGCCUGGUCAACAAUGCCAGCGAACAGUAUAUCGUGUACGAGGAGCGCAUACGCUGGGAUACGGUGCGUAUGUGCUGUACCGGCUAUCGGACGAUUAUCUUUGGCUUCUGUGAGCCGCUCUGCACGGAGCCUUGUCCGGCGCACAGCUACUGCGUGGAGCCGAACAAAUGCCAAUGCAUGCGCGGCUACGAGUCAUCGCAUCAUCCGAACAAACAGCAUCAGCUGAUCUGUCGGCCGAUCUGUCAGGGCGGCUGUCCGGAGCACAGUCACUGUGUGGGCCACAAUGAGUGCGAGUGUCGGCCCGGCUUCAAGGAUGUCAGCAGCUGGUUCAGCAUGACGCUCAGCUGUGUGCGCAUUCAGUGCGGCCACGAUCAGCGCUACGAUCUGCAGCGUCGCGCCUGCAUCAAAAUCGAAAUGAGCAUGGAGGAGCUAAUGCAGCGGGUGGCCGAACGUCUGGCCAAAGGCCUGGAGCAGAGUGAGGGAGAACCGACCACCGAGGAGACAUUGGAGGAGAGCAGAGAUUGACCUAGGCUUAAGAUAAGUUCUAAUGUGUAUCUAAGCUAAUCUAUUUGUGGAUGCAAUAAAUUGUGGAGAGUUUUA